GAGCAACGUGAGCCACUGAGCAAUCAAGGGACGGACCGGAGUGGAUUUGUGGGGGGAAGCCAACAUGAUCCGAGCUGGAAUGGACCGCUUCUCCGCCGUAUGGAGUUUGAUUUGACGCCACGCCGCUGUCGAACUCGGACGCUUCGGAUCGUUGAGGAAAUAUUGCGCACAAGCACAGCCGGGAAUAAUGGCUUAAAAGACACGCGGGAUUAUUGAAGGACCACAUCACUCCUCGUUUGUUCUCGACAAGACGGUACCCUGAGCUCUUGCUGACACUGGAUCAUGGAUCGGGGAGGUGGGGUAACAACAACGACCAGCAAGAUGAUUUCGCUGCACUGUUUGCUCCCCGGAGCGAGGAUCGGCGUCGGCGCUGUCUGUCAGUGUUCCCGUGCGACAAAAGUUACAAAGCGAGUCUAAUGCGUGGAUGUGGAACUAUUUCUGCCAUUUUGCACCUGCUGGAGCAGAUAGCGCCUCGAGACGGUGCGGAUUCGUGAGCCAAACGCGUGGCUUUUGCCUUCCCCUCUCCCGACUGCGUGUGGAUUCGUCAACGUUUGCGCGUCGUAAUGGAUAUUGGCGAGGUUUUUUAUUCAAGGUCAUUGAGUGUUUAAGGCGCGAUUUACACGCGGUCGUUUGUGGUCGCCGCAGCACACUCUCGGAUUGCCCACAGGGUCUUGUUUGUGAUUCCACGACGCAGACAGACAGCGUCUCCCGUGGAGUUGCGUUUGCGUUGGUUUUGACACUCCGAGCCCCCGCCUCCUCGUCUUCCGCCCCCUCCUCCCCUCGUUCCCUCCCCCUAACAUGGAUGGGAAAUUGAAGAAGGGACCCAAGCGCGAGAGGGUGCGAAAGUUGCGGGAGACGGGGAGCGGGGACCCCCGUGGCCCCGAGCCCAACUCCCCGUACUCGGACAGGGAGGGACGCGGUCCGAGGAGGGAGGCGAAAAGGGCGCCGCACCCCGCAGCGGCCACCCCCCGCAGGAAGAGACGGGAGUCCAGCUCACAGGAAGAGGAUAUCAUUGAUGGAUUUGCUAUCGCCAGUUUCAUCAGUCUGGACUGUCUGGAGAAGAAAACAGGGCUUCUGAAAACACAGGAGAAGGAGCGGUGGAAAGAGAAAGACGUUGUGAAACGGCCAAAGACGAAGGAUGAGGAGGUGGAAGAGGAAGAGGAGAAUGUUCAACCUAUUGUAGAUCCGCUGGAGAAUGGAUUCUUUCAUCAUGCCCAGCGAGAGCAGGAGAGGAUGAACGAGAGGCUGCUCAAAAAAACAUACUCUAAGAAGAACAAAAGGAUCAAACCAUUAAUGCUCUGUCCCAUCAUAUUUUGUAAGGAUGAGACAGUGCCGGACUUGAACCUACCUCACAAAAGCAACAUCAAGGAGCAGCUGACUGAGAGUUCCACUCACUCGCUGUCAGGCCGCGACUACUCGGUGCCGCCGGCAGCAGUGACCCUCCUCAAGUGUGACAGUGAGAGUGACAUUGACAACAAGGUGUCUGAUGUAGGAUCAGAGAAGCUCUUUUCUUCCACCACACCCAAAGGUGUGCCAUUGAAUGAGAGUCUUGAGUCUAGGAGUUGUAACUCAACCAAAGUGUCCGGUCUUCAGAGCAGCCGGAAACAGAACAACAUUGAGGUGCCAUUUGCACCCCCACUGCCCAGCCCUACCCCGGCCUCAGCGCCCACGGGCUCCCCAGCCCCCGCUGCUGCUGCGGCGCCCCCAGAGCCUCCUCGAUCUCGCCUCCUGACCCCGUCGCCUCUCAGCAUCAAGAGGGAGCCACAAGGUCCACCCCCUGUCCCUUCCCCUUCCCUCCUGAGGGCACCACCCCAGUUCUACCCUCCUCACCCACACUCACAACAGGAGCCCUGUGUACAUCCACCCCCACAGCAUCACGCUCGGUCAGUCAUAAGCCAUCAGGCUCACCGCCCGCUGCAGUACAGCCUCCACGACAUCAGCCACCAGAGCAGUCCAGUUCUUCCUAAACAUCAUCUCACCCCAUCUCAACAUCACCCACUCAGUGGGCUGCCAUCCACGGCCCCUACCUUGCCUCUGUCCAUAGCCAACCUCUCUACCUCGCACUAUUCCUCCCUACGGAGCCCGGCGCAUCGCCAUUCGGCCAUGUUUGCAACCCCAGCCACACUGCCUCCACCACCAACCUUACCUACCAACAGUUUAGUGGUGCCUGGGCACCCCACGGGUACCCCUUACCCAGAGCAUGAUCUACUGCGGCAGGAGCUGAACAACCGAUUCCUGGUUCAAAGUUCAGAGCGGGGCCGGGGGCCAUCCGCCUCGCCACUGGCCCCCGUGUCGCUCCUGAGGGCCGAGUUUCACCAACACCAGCACAUGCACCAGCACCAACACACCCACCAGCACACCUUCACGCCCUUCCCUGCCAGUCUGCCCCCGGCUGCCAUCCUCACCCCGCCCACUGCACCUCCCUUGGUGCGUAACCAAGCCAGAAAUUUUGACAAAUAUACGCCUAAACUGGACAAUCCGUACAUCAGACAUCAUUCAAAUUUCUUCCCCUCCUACCCCCCUACCAUGCCAGGCAUGCCCCCAUUGCUCCCACACUCAGGACCCUUCAGCUCACUGCAAGGAGCCUUCCAACCCAAGGCAUCCAAUCCUAUCGAUGUGGCAGGACGUCCUGGAGCAGUACCUCACACACUCUUACAGAAAGAUCCACGGAUAACGGACCCAUUCAGGACUAAUGUUCGAAAACCUGGCAAGUGGUGUGCAGUGCAUGUCCAGAUCGCAUGGCAGAUAUACCACCACCAGCAGAAAAUGAAGCAAAUGCAGUUGGACCCUCACAAACUAGACAUGAAUGGGAAGCUGGACCUAUUCAGCCGACCCCCAGUCCCAGGUGUCUUUUCGGGGUUCCCGUACCCUCACGACCUGGCACGACCCCUCUUCUCCUCUACAGGCUCAGGCCACCCAGUGCCCUCUCCAUAUGGUCCCACUCCCCACCCCAGUGGUUUCCUGCCUCCUAGCCAUUUGGCAGAUCCUUUCAGUCGCUCCAGUUCCUUUGGCGGCCUCGGCAACCUUUCAAGCAGUGCCUUCGGAGGAUUAGGCAACCCCUCGCUUGGGUCCAACAGUAUGUUUGGCCCCAAGGAGGGACCUGGAGGACUGCCCCCGUUUAGCAGCCCACAACAUGACACCUGGAACAGGCUAAGACGUACGCCACCAUCUUUCCCUACCCCUCCGCAGUGGCCUAAAACUGCAGAUGCUGAGAGGAGCAGCUCCGCCAACAGCCAUGAGCGAGAACGAGAGAGGGAAAGAGAGAAAAGAGACUCAUCUAUCGGAAAAGAUGAGAAGGAUAAGGACAGAGAUUUGGUGGAACGCAACCGCCACUCCAACCGGUCAUCUCCAGCAUCUGCGCCAGUCAGCUACCAGAUCAGCAACUUGAUACGCUCGAACAGCCAGAACAGUGAUCCGGGACGGCAUCACAGUGGCAGCGUAGAUCGGGUGCGCGAGGCAGAGAAAGAGCUAUUGGAACGUCAUAGAGAAUCCUCCGCACUAGUCGACGUUAAGAUAAAGGAGAGCCGCUCGCCUGGCAAGGAGAUGCUUGAGAAAAGAUCUUCAGAGGACUCUAUGAAACCAGCUCAGCGUUCUCCCUCUCCGUACUCCAAGGCAGUGAUCAGCGAGCAGAGCAUGAAGAUGGCGGGCGGGCCGCCGCCUACCCUCAAAGACAGUGAAAGGAAAGAGCCUCCAACUGGGGAACAAUUCCACAAGGUAAAAAAUGACAUGAAGAUCAAGGAGGAGAGGAAGGAGGAGCAGGAAGUUAUGGUGGUAAGUUCCGAGCCAGCUAUCCAGCCGCCUGCACAAGUGCAGUCUGCUCCCAUGACGCAGCCUGGAAAUCCACACCACCACCACCCUCCUUUGUCUCAGCAUCCUCAUCUAACCUCCCCGCGUGGCAAUGACAUUCCAGCACCGGGUUUGCAUGGUGUCCCCAUGGCACACUCACUACCCCUUUCAAUGAGUGGGAUGCCCCAAAUGGGAAGCCUAAAUGUUCUCGACCGGGCCCGCAUGGCUCCUUUCAUGGGUGUCAGCCCGCUAGCGGGAAGGGAGCGUCUACCCCACCCGGCCUUCCCUUGGGACCCUCUUAGAGAGGCCUACCGCAGCCUGGACCUGCAGAGGCGCAUGGACUUCCAGCUCAGGGCCGAGCAAGGACAUCGCUUCCCCAGCGUGUACGAGCAGGAGCGAGCCUACCGUGAGCGGGAGGCUCAUGACUACUCUCACCACGAGCACCUUUUGGAAGUACGCAGGGAGCACGAGAGGAUGAGGCAGCAGGCAGAGGAGCGAGAGCGCCUCCACCUGCGGGAAGAGCUGGACCGAGCACGACUCCAUCAGCUGCACCAAUCCCCGAUGGAAGGCCACCUACCGCACAUGCCUCCAUUUAUGCCCCAUCUUGGUGGAAUGCCCUACCCCAGACUCAGCCCCUCCACUGGGCACAACGGCCUUCUGAACAGAACUCCCCCCACUGCUGCUCUCAGUGCCCCCCCGCCACUUGUGCCAGCCGGCAGUGCCAGGCCAGCCUCCCCCAGGAGGACUACACCCCUCACAACCACCCAGGACCCUCGGGACUAUUCCCCGUCUCGCAACCCCAAAGAGGUAGAGGCACGGUAGCUUCUUGGAAAAGCGCACUCAGAAGCUCCACUCCCCCAAUCAGAAAUUGUCCUUUGAACAAAAUGCACUCCUCUUCCACAGAGAAGAGCAGAAUUCCCCAAGGGAAAAGGGGUAUGAUUGUACAGGAUCCGACGAAGCACAUGCCAUGAAUAUUUUUUGUGGACUGAAAUUUGGGUAAUGUUAAGAGAACACAAAUAUGUGUAUGUUUAUAUCCACCUUAAAUCAUUGACAAUUAUUAAUAUAUUAAUCAAAUAACUUUUUUUCAGCUUUAUGUGAAAAAAGAGGUUCUGAAAUGGUUUGUAUAUUUGCUAUCCUUGUCCCAUGUAUAGAUAUCAUUUCUAUGAAUUUGAUGUAAUUUGUGCGUUCGUCACACAUUUUCCAAUAUUUAUCCCCAUUGAUUGAUUGUGUGUCAUAUUCAUUGUGACGGUAAAGACUGGAUUUGGAUUACCCCUAACUAAUUUAACCUCAUGGUACCUGGAUAUCCUCAAAAUGGCAAUGUACAGUGUUAUAUUAUCCAUUUGUUUUGCCUCUGAGAUAUGCAGACAAAUAUAUACAAUGCGGUCUUUGUUUGGUCUGUGUACAGAAAGUGGUGUAAAUAACCUGUUGAUUUCCCUUUGCUGCAAAAUUGCGAUGUAUAAAUUUACGAGGCUUUUUAACCAUUUCUUAAAAAUAAAAACACACACACACUCACACACGCAAAAAGAUUCAGUCCAAUUUGUGGAGAUACAUCCUUUUUGACUAUCAAGGCAACAGACAAGCCAUGUCAAUGGAUGCAAAGUGACGGUCGGUGCUGGAAGGGAGGCUAGAAGGAUCAUCUGCAAUCUAUGCAAAGCAGCAAUGGCACCCUAGCUAGAUCUCCUGGAAAAAGCAUACUGGUGACAUUGAGAGGCUUGGGUAAACUCAUGUUGAUAUUUACCAACAAAAUAACAAUGGAAUUAUUAAAAGACUUCCAUGUCACAGACUGAACCAGACCCAGUCAGAAAAGCGGGACACUUUAAAGUGGGCAGCAAAAGAACUUUCUCUGUCAAACUUGUGGUUAUGUGCAGUUUUUUUUCUUAGACUCUUGUAUACAAAAAAAAAAAAAAAAAAAAAAGUAGAAUUUUAGCCGUGCAAAAUAAAAAUGAACGUUCAUGGUUUAAAAUGUGCGGAAUAAAGUUUGGACCUAAUGUUACAUGUUUUCUACCUGUCCUUUUAUUACAUAUUGUGAGCUGCAACAAAUAUUCACAAUUUUGCCAUUAAUGGGUCACUUUUAAGCUUUUGAGGUAUGUGCUCAUCUGCAAUCAGUUUAUCACUUUGAAAUUGUAAUGGUAGCAUACUUUUACAGAGGCCUCGCCAUCCCGUCAUUUAACUGU